AUCUGUGGUAAAUCAUUCUCUGUAAACAGUGCCUUAACUAUACACAAACGUACUCAUACAGGAGAAAGACCAUAUCACUGUAUUACCUGUGGCAAAUCAUUCUCUACAAGCAGUACCUUAACUACACACAAACGUAUUCAUACAGGAGAAAGACCAUAUCACUGUGUUACCUGUGGUAAAUCAUUCUCUAUAAACAGUGGCUUAACUCAGCACAAACGUACUCAUACCGGAGAGAAACCACAUCACUGUAUUACCUGUGGCAAAUCAUUCUCUAAAAUCAGUGGCUUAACUCAGCACAAACGUACUCAUACCGGAGAGAAACCAUAUCACUGUGAUAUCUGUGACAAGACAUUCACUGAAAAUCGUAACUUAAGAAGACACAAACGUAUUCAUACAGGAGAGAAGCCAUUUCCUUGUGUUACCUGUGGCAAAUCAUUCUCUUCAAGCAGUGGCUUAACUAAUCACAAACGUAUUCACACUGGAGUGAAGCCAUUUCACUGUGUUGUCUGUGAUAAGUCAUUCUCUCGAAAAAUUACCUUAACGACACACAAAUGUAUUCAUACAAGAGAGAAGCCAUAUACCUGUGAUAUCUGUGGCAAAGCAUUCUCUGACAGUUUUGUCUUUAGAGAACACAGACGCAUCCACUCAGGAGAGAGACCAUCAAAAACAUUUGUGUUACAAGCAAUUCAUACUAAUUCUCCAGGAAUUAUUUAUAAGCUGACACGUUUGUAAAGAUAAACAAUCAUGGUUCAGUCUCUUGUCUUAGCUAUCACACUCCGCUGUUUACAUAUGUGGAACUUAUGCUACGUAGAGGCCUAGACAUUUUCUGCUUACCAUUAGAAUACUUGUUGGUGACCAGGAUCCACCCCUGGAAUCAAUUCGUAGAAAUGUGCAACAAUAUGUGUAACAAUAGCGAUGCGAAUAAUUUGUGCUUUCGAUUUAAAGUCCAGAAGGGUGAGGAAGUUCAUUGAUUGAUUUGUUGUUGAUUAAAAGCCCCUGUCCUAUAAAAUAGGGGACAACCAAUUAAUGAUGUAAUGCUGUGAUCAAUAUUUUAUAAUGAAAUUAAUGGAACACCAACCCCGAAAUAUGCAAGUCGCCCUGCCUUAUUCAUAAACAUUAACAAUGUUCACCUUAACAUGAGAUAAUUACUACAUAUAACGUAAUUAGAUUUACUUCAGCUAAUUAGAAACAUAUCUGAUUGGUAAUUUUCCCUUCAUCGGAAAGACAUUGGGGGAAUAUAUCAAAAGUGCCUAACAUGAUAUAUAUCUUUGAAUAAAAAUCAAUGAGAAAUUAUUUUCACGUAUGAAAUGCCGUGUUCUGGCAAGUUUUAGUGAAUGUUUUUGGGGAUAACUCGACGUAGAAAUAUGUCAAUAGAAGUGUGGAAAGGUGGUCACUCAUCCUCUGCGUAUAAACCGAAUAAAAUCUGCCGAAUGGAAGGUGUUUCUGAAUUUAUUAAAUGGUGCUGGGAUCUUUUUAACAUAUGUCACUGACGUCAUUCAAACGAAGGAUAAAUCUUCAAAUUAUUAACACCACUGCCAACUGGGGGUGUUUUUUUAAUUAGCAGAGCUAAGCUAAUUACUUACGGGAUCAGUGAGUUUAAUUAACAAUCAUACAAUCAAAAUUCUUCUUUCAAUAUAAUGUGAUGGUAGGGGUUAAUUGGCUGCUAUUUUAGCAGGUUCAGUGAGCAUGUCAAGACUCCCUUGUUGAUAUUAUAAUCUUUAGCUUUUCUUUUUCUUUUGUUUUUUUCUGCCUAUGGAGCCCAAUUGAUUCCUCUUUUACUCGUAUGGACCCUCACAGCCAUUCAAUGAUUAAAAAAUCCUUGUAAUGUUUUCAUUAUUAAAUAUUAUUAGUGAUUGUUAUUUUAAAAAAUGGUUUGUGUAUUGUAGAAGUUUAAGCAGUUUAUUUGAACAUAAACUUCAACAACAAAAUCAAACAUGGACCUUGGUUAAGAACCAUUUAUUUAUCUGGAUGAUGUGUUCGGCAUUUACCACAGGUUAGAAACAAGUGAAGAUGCACCGUGAUAUAAUUGAAAGGGUUUCUCUUUAAUAUAUAUUAUAUAUAUAUAUAUUGCUACACUCUGACUGGUUGGCGUUAGGAAGGGCAUCCAGCUGUAGAAACUCUGCCAAAUCAGAUUGGAGGCUGGUGUUGCCAUCCGGUUUCACCAGUCCUCAGUCAAAUCGUCCAACCCAUGCUAGCAUGUAAAGCGGACGUUAAACGAUGAUGAUGGUGAUGAUGAUGUUGGGGACUUUUAAUAUGUGCCACCGAUGUCUUUCAGGGGAAGGAAAAAUUAUCAACGAAAUUGCCUAUUGUGUUUCUAAUUAGUUGAACUAAAUCUAAUUAUAUGUAGUAAUUACCUCGUGUUAAGGUGAAUGUUAAUGUUUGUGGAUAAGACUGGGUGACCCACGUAUUUCAGGGCCAGUGUUCUGUUACCUUAAGUAGUGUAGUGGCGUGAAAUUAUAGCCGCCAUUGAGGAAGUACUAUUCUGCGCAUGCGCAGGGGACUUCACCACCGGAAGCCCCUCGGGUGCGCAUGCGUAGUAAAACUGGUACUUAAAAGAUAGUUUCACUUUGUUAGGCAGUUGAGCCACAAACCUUCUAUGUGACAGCUCCUCGCUCCUCAACAAAGCACCACUUCACCUCGAUGCCUUCGAUGGUGAUAGCUACUUGCUUCUCUGGCAGGCAUCAAGGAAGCUCUUAACCUUCCAUUACCAAGCUAGAACUUAAUCAGCGGCUGCUAAGCUGAACGACAGGAAAUUGUGAAACCAAGCAUCAUCGAUAUAUAUAAAAAUGAGAGUGUGUGAGAAUCCCUAAAACUCGAGAAUUACGCAACCAAUUUCAUUCAAAUUUUACACAGGCCUUACUUAGGGUUCCAGUUGUGUUUUGGAGACUAUGUGUGACCCAGUGAUAAUAAAAAAGACUCAAAGGAGGUCUGCAGCGAAAUAAUUUUACUCAACACUUUGCAAGUGAAUCAGUGGAGGCAAAGAUGCGUCUCAUUUACUUGACAAUCUAUGCACCACAUUGCAGAAAUCACAAUGUAAGUAUAUCUGAAAGGAUAGUCUUACACUGUUGUACCAUUGAAUUACAAAUAAUGCUCAUUUGUUAUGUUCGGGUGACCCUAUAGGUUCCAAUAGUACAACUGUAUUCGUCUUUGCUUAGGGAAAAUGACUAAAUUGUGGGUGUGAAGUCCCCAUGAAGGGGUCUUUGUAACUUCUAAGAAGAAAUUUUAGAAAUAUUACUUUAUUUGUGUGUAAUCUGUAUGGUUAAAAUUUCAUCAACAUCAAAAAUAUAUGAAUUUUCAUGGGAGUUAUGGCCGUUAUGCAUAGAAUAUAAUUUCCAAAUUUCAUAAAGAUCCAUUCAGUACUUUUUACGUAGUUUUGGAUAAAAAAACAAAUGACUAAUGUGUGUGUUUGUGUGAGUGUAUAUAUGUAUAGAUAUCUGUGUGCAUGUAUAUAUAUGUCUCAUCCUUCAAUUGCAUGUAACACGGGCAACGCCGGGUAUCUCUGCUGGUCGUAAAUAAAACCCUUUUUAUUAUGCUGUAAAA